CACAUCGUGAAGUGCUCGCGCGUCGUUGCACAGUCUCCACACAAGUUCAUGGCCCAGAUUUCAACCAGCUCAGCACUAGCGCCUGUAUUUAUAGUGAUCUGGUUCUUGUUUUGCUUUCUCUUUUUUUCUGACUAGCAAUAUCCUCGGACUCGGCUUCAUUGACUAUGGCUGCUAUCUGGAAAGUCUCAUCGCUGCACAACAGACCCUAGAGCUUCAGCUUGUUACGCCUCUGCCAUUCGAAAACUCAAAGGGCGCUUGAUUUCCAGCUGCCAACCUUAUCUAUUCAAGACUGACAAUUGACAACAGAUACUCUGCCGCGAGAUGCUUCGCUUUACCCAGUGAAUCAUCUUCCAUUUCUUCUUCACAAGAUUCAGCCACGAUGAACGAGCCGUUCGAGCAGCCUGCCAGUCCUGACGAAGCAGUACAAGCACCGACCAUGACAUGCUUCGUUCAGGUGGUAAUCAGCUGGCCGAGACCAGGCUGACGAGAAAUGAUAUACAGCCACGAUUCGAGCCGGCCUUCUUGCAUACACGUCUAAGCUUAGCACUUAUGACACUGGCAUCCUUCCUGAGUGCGUUGCUCUUGUCUAACCCAGUCUGGUCUCGAAAGAGCCUGACCCGAGCACUCGAUUGCCGAUCUAGCAAUUUCAACGUCUCAAGUAUUGGCCAUGGCUCAACGAGCCACACUUUGUGAGCUCUUUACGGACAGAGCCGAGGCCCUCUUGCGCGAAAUGGACAAGGCUUCAAUCACGAGAUAAGACUUGCUUGGUUAUCUGUCUUCCUAUACGGCACCAGAGACGUUCCUCAUGACUUGCCUAUGGCUUAUGAUCAGCUCCUAUCAUAUCAAUACAUAGUCUCUGUAUUGUUGCAACCGAGAACACAGAAAGUUGUCGUUCUACGUGCCAGCCUAGAGAAGCAGCGCUUGACAUGUCUGUUCCUUGGUGGAGGACUCCUGAAUCACAGCAAGCCUAAGUUGCAACUGUGUCAAUUGACUUUCCAGAAAUGGUAAAGCCCUGAAGUUUAUUGGCUUGAGAAUUCGUCAAAGUCACCCCCAUGCGAUGUUGUCGCCAUUUUAUA